CGUCCAGCCACCACAAUCCGUCGCCGAUAGUCUUGCUGCUCUAAAAUUCUUUUUUGUUUAUACUUGAAAAGCAUUAGUAUCUUUGUAAAAUUAAAAUAUGUUAAAUGGACAAAUUACACACAGCUAUGUGGGCAACACGUGCAGCGUUGUGAUACCACAUCCACAUGUCAAAGAAAAACCAAAGUCCACGCCAUCACCUGAGCAAUCGGAGGCCUGUUGUGAGCGAGGGGCUGUGGCUGUUGAGGCGGAGGCGGCGGCGACGGCGACAGUUGCUGCAGUACAUGUGAAUUUGGAUCGCAUAAGGAACGUCGACAUAUUUAUUGGCGACAACGAUUUGUACUUUUACGCCGAUGUCAAGCUAUACAAAUUCCAUAGCCGUCGCACUUUCGACUUGAGGGGCCUGAAAACGUUGUAUGUCAAAUAUGACACGACCGAGAACUGCUACCAGCUAUAUUUGCGCUGCCUUCCGCCCGUUGCCAUUGUGGGUAGCGGCAGUGCAGCUGGCAGCGCCGUGACACCGAAACCAAAGACAGCGCGUAAGGAGUAUAUCGCCGCGUUUCUCAACCUGCCCUCGCUGGCGGAUACCCUGCAGGACAAGGAGCCGCUGGUGCAUGAGUGGAAACUGAAGCGCAUCACCGAACAGUGCCAAUUGCAGCUUGAUGCCCACGAGCGCACCUACAAGAUGACCAGCAAUUUUUGCUAUGGCUACGCCAGUCGAUACAAUGGUCCGCUCCAGACUAGUGAGCUGGACAAGUCAACGUGCCGUGUUCCAGAGCCAGAUCGGCUCAGUCCCCUACAACGACGUCUAGAGCGUGUCGCGGACGAGAUGAAGCGCUUUUCGCGCGAACAGUACAAAAUGAACUUUGUGGAGUUGCAGGUACCAGCUGGGCAUCAGAACCCGCUGCGCUACAAGCCCAAAAUCUACGAAACGUCCAUGACACAGGAGCAGGCGCAUUUGUUGCACAAUCUAUGCAGCCGCUCAGACACCACUGAAGAGUCCACAGCGACGGCCUCGUUCCAGUCCAGCCAACCCGAUCGCCGAGUGCAGAACGAAAUAGACUGUGGCCUCAUCAGCAUUGUGCUGGCCAUAUGCUACGAUGUGCGCACCACCAACAACGAGCCCACUUGUGAAUCAGGCUGGACGCGCAGCAUAUUGUGUCCGCUGUUCUGCUACUUUGAGCAAUUCGACAACUAUCGGGAUGUCCUGGUGGCGUUUCUGCGCCGCGUUAUCACCUAUCCGUUGUAUCGAAACUUCGAAUUGGGACGACAAUGCAUUAGGGAUGCCAUCGAAGUACUGAAGGGUGGACGAAACUGGCUGAUCAGUCAGCUGCUGCUGACCCACCAGCAGUUCGCCAGUGGCGAGCCAUGUCGCGAUAGUUUCAACAACUAUUAUCUGGAGGACUAUAUACGGUACAUAAGCAACGCGACGGUGUGCAGCGAUGAGCAUCUCCGUCUAUUGGCGCGCAAUGUGAAGAAUGUGCUAAUGGAUGUGACAAAGCGGCAAUUGGAUCUAGGUGUCAUCGAAAUAGAGACUGAACUGAUUCAGGAGCUGAUGCAGGAGAUGCGCAUCGAUGCGGGCAGCGGCAGCGAGUCGCCGUCGCAACAGCAGAGCAACCAUGGUGACGAUGAUAUGGAUAUGGAUAACGAUACAUCCGGCCAAGAAGAUGAGACGACGACCGACGAUGAUAGCGUUAUAACCGACUCGUUCGAUAGCAUGGACUUGCGUUUGAUUGAAAACGAUGUGUAUGCCGUUGACGAAGACAACGAAGGAGAUGCCGAUGAUGGCGAAGAGGAGCAAUCGGAGGUGGACGAUGAUGACCACGAUAGCAACUCGUCAACAACCACAACCAGCGACGCUGAGGGCAACAGCGUCAUCGAGCAGUGCACCAGCAACAGCGAGGCUGCCGCCAGCAUUAGUGCCAGCGCCAGCACCAGCACCAAGUAGACGUAGACAUUGCCAAAGUUCCAUGUUGUCUCUCCUGCCAUGUCUAAGCCAACCAAGCAACCAACUAACACAGCAAAAUACCAACUUAAUGUCAAAGAACGGAGGCUAAACAGUGAUUACUUUAAUGCGAAAGCGAGAUACGAAAGUAAAAUACAGAAACGAAAACAAAACAAAACAAAUACAAAAAAAAAAAAAAAAAAAAAACACAAAAAAAGAAACAACGCAAACUGUAAAUUUUUAACACAAACUAAAAACAAACCCAUUUAAAUAUUAAUGUGUACAAGAAUUUUAAAGCAAACCACAAAGAAAUUGUUCAUGCCAAAUGCGAAAGAAUAUUUGCAUAUACAUUUACAUUUAUAUACAUAUAUUUUUUUCCCCCUUUUUGCUCUAAUAUUAUUUGUUUUAACACAUAAAUCAAAAGCCCCAGCAUUUAGCGUGGCAUUAGUGUACGAAA